AUGUUGACGCCAGCCCAAGUAGCGGCGCGACAAGUCAUAUCGCGAGAAUUACCCGUAUUUACUGGAAAGCCGGAAGAGUGGCUGCUUUUUAUAAGUAACUACGAACAAUCGACGGAAAGAUGUGGAUUUAGCAAUGAAGAAAAUCUUAUCAGACUUCAAAAGUGCCUUAAAGGAGCUGCUCUCGAAGCGGUACGAGGAAAACUCAUGGUUCCAGCCAUGGUACCAUAUGCGAUCGGUACUCUAAGAAUGUUGUAUGGACGUUCAGAAAUCGUACAUGCUAGCUUACAACGUAAGCUGAAAGAUGAGCCAGCAAUCAAACCAAACAACCUGGAGUCUGUAAUACGACUAGUACUCGCUGUGCAGAAUUAUUGUGCCACAAUGCUUUCAGUGGGGCUACAGGAGUACCUAAACGACUCUACCCUAUUAAGUGAACUUGUUGCUAAGCUGUCCAGUGAUCUAAAGCUGGAUUGGGGCAGACAUCGUUUAGCAGCAGGUGGGGGCAAUCUAGUUACCUUCGACAAUUGGCUCUUUGGCGUAGCAAUGUGUGCUACAAUGGUGACGCCGUACGAUUACCAAACAACGGAAAAAGAUAAAGGAAGCAGACAUAUUAAGGAGCGCUUGCUAGUGCACAAUAUAGCGGAAGGCUCGAGCAAGGACAAGCAGAAAAUUGAAGAUCCAACAAAAUCAUUGUGCCCGGUAUGUGACGGCGAGCACGAUCUGUCUGAAUGUGAAGGAUUUUUGAGUAUGACAAUCAGGACUAGACUUGAAGUCAUUAAGGCUAAACGACUAUGUUUCUGCUGUUUUGGAAACCAUACUGCUCGAAACUGCAGAGUGAAGAAGCCGUGUAAUUUUGAUGGAUGUAAAUUAAUGCACAAUGAGCUUCUGCACUUCUGCCCUACGAUAAAGCUCGACGUCGAUUCGGAGGAACUCAAAAAGGAAGAAACAAAAGAGUCGGCACUGUUCUUUCAUGGCAGAUCGACAAAACGGGUACUGUUCCGUUAUAUACCCAUAACCUUGUAUAGUAAAACUAAAAGAGUGAAUAUUUUUGCUCUCCUGGACGAAGGAUCCUCCUGUACUCUGAUGGAGCGACAAUUAGCUGAUGAGUUAGGCUUGGACGGACCUGAAGAGCAGCUCUGUUUGAAAUGGACCGGUGAUUUGACACAGACUGAAACCAAAUCAAAGGUUGUCUGUACCAGUGUUUCCUCCGGUGAUCACCCGCACUUAAGGUAUGUGCUAAAAGGUGUGCGCACUGUGGGCAAUCUGGACCUGCCAGUGCAAAGUAUAGACGACCAAAUGCUCAACAACCAUCAACACCUUAAAUCGGUUCCUGUGUCAACGUAUAUAGGUGUCAAAGCUCAAAUGAUCAUUGGACUGGACCAUAUAAAGAUUUGCGUACCACUAGAGGUUCGAGAAGCCGAAAAUGAUGAACUUGUUGCUGUGCGAUGCAAACUGGGAUGGUCUGUCUAUGGGCGAUAUGGACUGGACGAGAUCAUUCCUCCACGAGUACUGCAUAUUUGCCAGUGUUCAGGUGGUACUCGAACCCUUGAUGAAGCUGUAAAGGCGUACUUUUCGUUGGACUCAAUCGGCGUAAGCGUUCCUCUAAAACCACUGAGAUCCAAGGAAGACGAGCGGUCGCUGAAAAUUAUGAACGACACUACAAAAUACAUUGCCAAUGAACGUCGUUGGGAGACCGGUCUGCUGUUGAGAUAUGAGAAUGUAAACUUGCCUGAUUCUUACCCUAUGGCUCUUAAACGUCUUAAGUGUCUCGAAUCAAAAAUGAUCAAGGACCCAGAUCUAAGCAAUUUCCUGAUCGAAACCAUGCAAAAAUACGCUGAAAAGGGUUACAUUCGAAAACUACAAAGGGGUGAGUUAGCCACUAGCCGAUGUUCUUGGUACAUUCCUGUAUUCGUAGUAACUAACCCCAACAAGAAAAAGAAACGUCUAGUCUGGGACGCGGCUGCACAAGUGAAUGGACUAUCGCUGAAUGAUACCCUCAUGAAAGGACCGGAUUUGUUGGUGUCCCUGCCAGGAGUACUGUUGCGAUUCAGAGAACGCCCUGUCGCUGUAACAGGAGAUAUUCGAGAGAUGUUUCACCAAAUUAAAGUUCGUGCCUCCGACCAGUCCGUACAGAAGUUCUUAUGGCGAAAUGGAGAGAACGAUCGCCCUCCGGAUACCUUUGUAAUGCAAGUGAUGACCUUUGGCGCUUCCUGUUCCCCAUCCCUGGCCAAUUUUAUACUGAAGAAAAAUGCAGAGCAAUUCGGUGACAAUUGUCCAGAUGCUAUAAGGACAAUUUGUCAGAAUACGUUUGUCGACGAUUGGCUGGAGUCGGUGGAUACUGACGAUGAAAUGAUUCAACUGGCUAACAAUGUCAAGAUGAUCCACGCGAAAGGCGGAUUUGAAAUGAGAAAUUGGUUAUCAAAUUCCAAGAGCGUCCUUCAAUCUCUCAACAGUUCCCCAGCAGCGUCCCCGAAAUACCUGGGUUCAGAACAAGAACUUCAGGAGAAAGUUCUGGGCAUGUGGUGGCUUCCCGAGUCAGACAUGCUAACAUUCGUAAUUCGACCUGAGUUGCUGCAGAAGUCCGUAACCAGCACCCACACGAAGCUUAGGGUACUGAGUAUAGUAAUGUCAAUUUUCGACCCCCUCGGACUACUCGGAUUCUUUAACAUUCGUGCCAAAAUAAUUCUUCAGAACAUUUGGAGAUCCGGUGUGAGCUGGGAUGACACAAUUAAAGAUUCGGAUGAGAAUGACUGGCGGGCUUGGCAAUCGUCGUUGUCCAAGCUGAGUAAUUUGCGUAUCCCACGAUACAUGUAUGGCUCAAAGGCUGCUGAAAAUGUCCAACUGCACAUAUUUGUUGACGCGAGCUUGGAUGCCUAUGCUGCUGUAGCAUACUUGCGGGUUGAACGCGGCGGCGAAAUCAGAUGCUCCCUUGUCGCGUCGAAGAACAGAGUCGCCCCUUUGAAACCCAUAUCGGUGCCAAGAAUGGAAUUGAUGGCAGCCAUUUUGGGUUUGCGACUUUCAAAGUUUCUGGAGGCAGAGCUAUCAAUCAGGAUUGAAAGGCGGAUCUUUUGGACAGACGCUCAAGAUGUUUUAUUUUGGAUAAAGUCGGACGUUCGUAAGUUUCCUCAGUUCGUGGCCGUACGAGUCGGAGAAAUCCUAGAAGGAUCGGAGGUUAUCGAUUGGCGCUGGAUACCUUCGGAGCUUAAUGUGGCGGACGAAGGAACCAAAUGGACAAAAAACUGUGAGAUGACCAGCUCGAUAAGGUGGUUUACUGGCCCCGAAUUCUUAUCGCAGAAUGAGUCAAGAUGGCCGUCACAAAUCGGAACCCCUGUGAGCUCCGAUGAUACACUGCUUUAUCACGCCGAUAUGGUGCGGACGGACCCGUCACCUAUUGCCUCUAUUAUGCCAAAUCCGUUACGCUUCAGUAGGCUGGAACGUCUACGCGGAGCCCAAAGGCGAGUGCUGGAUUUCAUACGAUAUAUUCAAGUUCGACAGCCUGGACCUGAAUUGUAA